GAUGGGAUGCUGCCUACAAAGGUAAUCGGAUGUCUCGCUCAGGACUUUCAACCCCGAUGUCCGAAUGAUACCGCAAAUACCAGCACUAGAGAAGACAUAAGUAUCAUAUUAGACCCUGGAGAUAUCGAGGUUAUGAUAUCGAACGUACAACACGCCCAAACUCAACGACAUGCAGAUCGUAAUCCGCUCCUUGCGCUUCAUGUUCAGGUUCCACAGCGCGACCCAGGGGAAGAAGGCCAGGACGAAAUCCAGCACGGCGGACCACGCUAUCUACCGGUCAGCGCAUCGAUCUCGGUCUCAUUCGUGGGCGAAUGGCCACUGGCUUACCGCACAUGA